CGCAUCCCCGUGACGCCGGCCAACCCGGCGGCGUUGCGGCCCCGCUCUACUCCGCCGCCACCGCCGCCUCAGCGCCAGCCGGUCUGCCCGCUUCCGAGCCCUCGCCGCCGCCUGCAUGGCGCUCAGCGGCUUCUGCAGAUCCGAGGGCUCCGACCCGUUCUGGGACUGGAAUGUCACGUGGUACACCAGCAACCCUGACUUCACCAAGUGCUUUCAGAACACCGUCCUCGUGUGGAUGCCUUGCUGCUACCUCUGGAUCUGCUUCCCUUUCUACUUCUUCUAUCUCUCCCGACAUGACCGGGGCUACAUUCAGAUGACACACCUCAACAAAGCCAAAACUGCCUUGGGAUUCUUGCUGUGGAUUGUCUGCUGGGCAGACCUCUUCUACUCUUUCUGGGAAAGAAGUCAGGGCAAGCUCCUUCCCCCAGUGUUGCUGGUCAGCCCCACUGUCUUGGGUAUCACCAUGCUGCUCGCCACCUUUUUGAUUCAGCUUGAGAGAAGGAAGGGUGUUCAGUCCUCGGGGAUCAUGCUCACUUUUUGGCUUAUAGCCGUCCUGUGUGCCCUUGCCAUCUUCAGAUCCAGAAUCAUGACUGCCUUAAAAGAGGCCACCAAAGACAACCUGUUUCGCGAUAUCACUUUCUACUUGUACUUUUUCCUUGUGCUGAUUCAACUUGUGUUGGCCUGUUUCUCUGACCGUUUGCCUCUGUUCUCUGAAACCAUCAAUGACCCCAAUCCUUGCCCGGAAUCCGGCGCCUCCUUCCUUUCCAGGAUCACCUUUUGGUGGAUCACAGGGUUGAUGAUCCGAGGCUACCGGCAGCCCUUGGAGAGCAGUGACCUCUGGUCUCUAAAUAAGGAGGAUACAUCAGAACAAAUCGUGCCUGUGUUGGUAAAGAAUUGGAAGAAGGAAUGUGCCAAGUCGAGGAGGCAGUCAGUGAAGAUGGUGUAUGCCUCCUCCAAGGAUGCCGCCAAGCCCAAGGGGAGUUCCAAAGUGGAUGUGAAUGAGGAGGCUGAGGCUCUGAUUGUCAAGUCUCCCCGGAAGGAGCGGGACCCCUCCCUGUUUAAAGUGUUAUACAAGACCUUUGGGCCCUACUUCCUCAUGAGCUUCUUAUUUAAAGCCCUUCAUGACCUGAUGAUGUUUGCUGGGCCAGAGAUCUUAAAGUUGCUUAUCAACUUUGUCAAUGACAAGAAGGCCCCAGACUGGCAGGGCUACUUCUACACAGCGCUGCUGUUUGUGAGCGCCUGCCUGCAGACGCUGGUGCUGCACCAGUAUUUCCACAUCUGCUUCGUCAGUGGCAUGAGGAUCAAGACUGCUGUCAUCGGGGCUGUCUAUCGAAAGGCCCUGGUGAUCACCAAUUCAGCCAGGAAGUCCUCUACGGUCGGUGAGAUUGUCAACCUCAUGUCUGUGGAUGCCCAGAGGUUCAUGGACUUGGCCACAUACAUUAACAUGAUCUGGUCAGCCCCCCUGCAAGUCAUCCUCGCCCUCUACCUCCUCUGGCUGAAUCUGGGCCCUUCUGUCCUGGCCGGGGUGGCUGUGAUGAUCCUCAUGGUUCCCUUUAACGCUGUGAUGGCAAUGAAGACCAAGACCUAUCAGGUGGCCCACAUGAAGAGCAAAGACAAUCGGAUUAAGCUGAUGAAUGAAAUUCUCAAUGGGAUCAAAGUGCUGAAGCUGUAUGCAUGGGAGCUGGCGUUUAAGGACAAGGUGAUGGCCAUCAGGCAGGAGGAGCUGAAGGUGCUGAAGAAAUCUGCCUACCUGGCAGCUGUGGGGACCUUCACCUGGGUCUGCACACCUUUUCUGGUGGCCCUGUCCACAUUUGCCGUCUACGUGACCAUCGACAAGAACAACGUCCUGGAUGCCCAGAAAGCCUUCGUGUCCUUGGCCUUGUUCAACAUCCUCCGCUUUCCCCUGAAUAUCCUCCCCAUGGUCAUCAGCAGCAUCGUGCAGGCGAGCGUCUCUCUCAAGCGCCUGAGGAUCUUCCUUUCCCACGAGGAGCUGGAGCCUGGUAGUAUCGAGCGGCAGCCUGUCAAAGACGCUGGUGGGACAAACAGCAUUACUGUGAAGAACGCCACGUUCACAUGGGCCAGAGGGGAAGCCCCCACGUUGAAUGGAAUUACCUUCUCCAUCCCAGAAGGCGCCUUGGUGGCUGUGGUGGGCCAGGUGGGCUGCGGAAAGUCAUCCCUGCUCUCGGCCCUCUUGGCGGAGAUGGACAAGCUGGAGGGGCAUGUGGCUCUCAAGGGCUCGGUAGCCUACGUUCCCCAACAGGCCUGGAUUCAAAAUGACACUCUGCAAGAAAAUAUUCUCUUUGGCCGCCAGCUGCAGGAGCACUACUACAAGGCUGUCAUCGAGGCUUGUGCCCUCCUCCCGGACUUGGAAAUUCUGCCCAGUGGAGACCGGACUGAGAUUGGUGAGAAGGGUGUGAACCUCUCUGGGGGCCAGAAGCAGCGUGUAAGCCUGGCCCGGGCUGUGUAUUGUGAUUCAGACGUCUACCUCUUCGAUGACCCGCUCUCAGCUGUGGACGCCCACGUGGGAAAGCACAUUUUUGAAAAUGUGAUUGGCCCCAAGGGGAUGCUGAAGAAUAAGACUCGGAUCCUGGUCACGCAUGGCAUCAGCUACUUGCCACAGGUAGAUGUCAUUGUCGUCAUGACUGGUGGCAAGAUCUCAGAGAUGGGCUCUUACCAGGAGCUGCUGGCCCGGGACGGGGCCUUCGCUGAAUUCUUGCGCACAUAUGCCAGUGCAGAGCAGGAGCAGGCCUCAGAGGAUGAUGGGGUGACAAGCAUCAAUGGUCCAGGGAAGGAAGCAAAGCAAAUAGAAAAUGGCAUGCUGGUGAUGGACAGCACUGGGAAGCAGCUACAGAGGCAGCUAAGCAGCUCCUCCUCCUACAGUGGUGACAUCAGCAAGCACCACACCAGCACCGCUGAGCUACAGAAACCCAGGGCCCAGGAGGAGACCUGGAAGCUGAUGGAGGCGGAUAAGGCGCAGACGGGGCAGGUGCAGCUCUCGGUGUACUGGGACUACAUGAAGGCCAUCGGACUCUUCCUCUCCUUUCUGAGCAUCUUCCUCUUCCUGUGUAACCACGUUUCCUCCCUGGCUUCCAACUACUGGCUCAGUCUCUGGACAGAUGACCCUGUCGUCAAUGGGACCCAGAAGAACACGAAUUUCCGGCUCGGUAUCUAUGGAGCUCUGGGCAUCUCACAAGGUGUCGCCGUGUUCGGCUACUCCAUGACGGUGUCCAUCGGGGGAAUCUUUGCCUCCCGCCGCCUGCACCUAGACCUGCUGCACAAUGUUCUCCGGUCACCUAUGAGCUUCUUUGAGCGCACCCCCAGCGGGAACCUGGUGAACCGCUUCUCCAAGGAGCUGGACACGGUAGACUCCAUGAUCCCGCAGGUCAUCAAGAUGUUCAUGGGCUCGCUGUUCACUGUCCUGGGCUCCUGCAUCCUCAUCCUGCUGGCCACCCCCAUUGCUGCUGUCGUCAUCCCACCACUGGGCUUCAUCUACUUCUUCGUGCAGAGAUUCUACGUGGCUUCCUCUCGGCAGCUAAAGCGCCUUGAGUCAGUCAGCCGCUCUCCAGUUUACUCCCACUUCAAUGAGACCUUGCUGGGGGUCUCCGUCAUCCGUGCCUUCGAGGAGCAGGAGCGCUUUAUCCGCCAGAGUGACCUGAAGGUGGAUGAGAACCAGAAGGCCUACUACCCCAGCAUUGUGGCCAACAGGUGGCUCGCUGUGCGAUUGGAGUGUGUUGGAAACUGCAUUGUCCUGUUUGCCGCCCUGUUUGCAGUCAUUUCUCGGCACAGCCUUAGUGCUGGCCUGGUGGGCCUCUCGGUGUCUUACUCCUUGCAGAUCACCUCCUACCUGAACUGGCUGGUUCGGAUGUCAUCUGAGAUGGAGACCAACAUUGUAGCUGUGGAGAGACUCAAGGAGUAUUCCGAAACUGAGAAAGAGGCUGCCUGGCAAAUCCAAGACACAGCUCCACCCAGCACCUGGCCUGAGGUGGGCCGAGUGGAGUUCCGGGAUUACGGCUUGCGGUACCGAGAGGACCUGGACUUGGUUCUCAAGCACAUAAACGUCAUCAUCGAAGGGGGAGAAAAGGUUGGCAUCGUAGGGCGGACAGGAGCUGGCAAGUCCUCUCUCACCCUGGGCUUGUUUCGGAUAAACGAGUCCGCAGAAGGCGAGAUCAUCAUCGAUGAUAUUAACAUUGCCAAGAUCGGCCUGCACAACCUGCGCUUCAAAAUCACCAUCAUCCCUCAGGACCCCGUCUUGUUCUCGGGUUCCCUUCGCAUGAACCUGGACCCGUUCAGCCAGUACUCAGAUGAAGAAGUCUGGACAGCCCUGGAGCUGGCUCACCUCAAAGGCUUCGUGUCCAGCCUCCCCGACAAGCUGAACCACGAGUGUGCGGAAGGCGGGGAGAACCUCAGCAUCGGGCAGCGCCAGCUUGUGUGCCUGGCCCGAGCUUUGCUGAGGAAGACAAAGAUCCUUGUGCUGGAUGAGGCCACGGCAGCCGUGGACCUGGAAACAGAUGACCUCAUCCAGUCCACCAUCAGGACACAGUUCGAGGACUGUACAGUCCUUACCAUCGCCCACCGGCUCAAUACCAUCAUGGACUACACAAGGGUGAUUGUGCUGGACAAAGGGGAAAUCCGGGAGUACGGCACCCCCUCUGACCUCCUGCAGCAGAGGGGUCUCUUCUACAGCAUGGCCAAAGAUGCCGGUUUGGUGUGAGUGCCGGAGCUGGUGCACCUGGUCAGAACUGUGGGGCCGACACACCAGUGUCCAGGGAUGAGCCAGCGUCCUUGGGAACCCAAACCUCUUAGUCAGAAACCAAAACAACAAGAAAAAGGAAAGAAAGAAAAGCAAACCCAUCAACCAAAAUACACACAAAGUAGCUGCCAUCAUCCAGUCCCUGGCCAGAAUUGCCCUUGAAGUACCAGGAGACAACUGCAUCCCAGAGAGCCCAGGCACCCACACCCUGGCCUCUGGCCUCCAGGAGACUCGCACACGUUUUCAGGCUUCCAAGAAUGCAAGCCCACGGAGGGGUUUUAGCAGCCAGACUUUGGAGAAAUUGGUUAUGUAGAAUAUGCUAGUGACCAAAUCCAGCCAACUGCCUCACAUCUCUCCAGCCGAAGUCUGUGGAUUCCCAGUCUUCAAGACACUUCCUGUCACCUCUGGAACUUUAUCUGGUUCCAGCCAAAUGCUUCAUUUCCUUGGCUGCAGUCCUGAGGUUGAGGGGCCUGGUGAAAAUCAUUCUGAUUCUCAGGCCAUGCCCCAAGGGCCCUGACAGUCCUCUUGCCAACCAUCUGGUCUUCCAGAUGCUCCGAUCCUGGGAGCCAGCACCCCAGCCCUGCCUGCCAGCCGGGCUUCAGUAGCCAGAGGCAGCUUUGCACACCCAAAGGACAUGGCUGGACCUGCGGCUGAUCUGGACCAGCAACCUCAGGGCCGGGCAGUGCCCUCUUACUGCUGAUUUUCCAGCCUGCCCACCUCGACACCUUUCCCUUGCUUUCCUUCUGGUCCUCUCAGCACCCAUGGCUAGGGCAGGUCUCCUCCUCUUGGUACUGGAAAGAGUGGAAGGUCUGCUACAGGCUACAGAGUGUCCAGAGCAAGGAGCCGGAGGGACCUCCUGAGUAUUACCAGUUGGUACCAAAGAGAGUCCCCUGCAGUCGUCUCUUCAUGUUUCAGUUUUCGCUUCUCACCCCUGGCAUCUGGCUGGCUGCCAGGGGGCAGCAAAUGGCAGAAAACUUGACACUUUAGACACUGAGUCUCUUCCGGGAUAAGAAAAGACCCCAUUCAUGAAUAUCAGUGAUUUUUUUUUUCGUUUUCUUUUUUUUUUUAAGUAGUAUUCCAGUGAGAAUGACUAUCCUGAAGGUUUAAUUUCUUGGGACAAAGUCCUGGGCCGGGAAGCAGGGAUUUGUGGAUCCUGGCUCUGUGUUUGACAUUCAGUGCAUGUUGUCCUUGGAAGAAGAUGGAGAGGUAGAGUCCUUCGCAGCGGGUCCGUUAGCUGCCUCAGUGACAGACCAAAGUGAGACCCCGACAGCCGCAAGAGCUUACUGCUGCCCCAAGAUUCACACCUGCUAUGAAUUACUGUGCAUUGCUGACUUCAAACCCAGAGAAGCAUCUUUUAGGUGGAAAUACAUAUUUAUUUUUUGUAAGUUAUACCAUCCUUUCAUGUUAGAGAAACCAAGUUUUUCUUGGGGAUCUUUUUGUAAUGACUUACACUGGAAACGUGAACAUUUGCAAAUAAUUUGCAGUAAAAAAAAAUAUUUUAUUUCUUUCUAAACAA